AUCCCCCUUACAAUCUCAAAGCAAUUUCAAAAUAUCACAGCGAUUAAUGGCGCCAAAGGCCGAGAAGAAACCCGCCGAGAAGAAGCCGGCAGCGGAGGAGAAGAAGGCGGAGAAAGCACCGGCGGAGAAGAAGCCGAGAGCGGAAAAGAAGCUGCCCAAAGACGCCGCCGAUAAGAAAAAGAAAAGAGCGAAGAAGAGCAUCGAGACAUACAAGAUCUACAUCUUUAAGGUACUCAAGCAAGUUCAUCCUGAUAUCGGAAUCUCCAGUAAAGCCAUGGGGAUUAUGAACAGUUUCAUCAACGACAUCUUUGAGAAGCUCGCUCAGGAAUCGUCGAAGCUCGCUCGCUACAACAAGAAGCCGACCAUUACCUCUCGGGAGAUCCAAACGGCGGUGCGCCUUGUUCUUCCUGGUGAGUUGGCUAAGCACGCCGUCUCUGAAGGUACUAAGGCGGUUACCAAGUUUACUAGCUCUUAGGUUCAUAGAGAUUAGGGUUUUCUUUUUUGUGUAAAAAUGCGGCUUGUCUGUUCUGAAUCGUUGAAUUUGCUUCUUUAAUUUAAUGAAAUUCGGUUUAUAUAAUGCAAAUUUUGUUA